AUGGCGCUCGAGGCACUGCGCUUGGGGCUGUUGCUCCUGGUCUGCUGGGACUCGGCAGCCUCUUUGAACACUCAGUUUGCUCACCCUUCAGAAUACAGAACACCAAACUGCGAUCAGUAUAAAUUACCAGGAUGUCCCAGGGACUUUAACCCCGUGUGUGGAAGCGACAUGUCCACGUAUCCCAAUGAGUGUACUCUGUGCAUGAAAAUCAGGUAACAAUUUUACAGUAUAAACUAGCCAAGUUUUCUCUAGUUCUUAUCUUGCAUUUUUAUUACUUAGGAAGUUGUCACUCUUGGACAUAAGAAUCAAAUGAGACAUAAGUAGUUCUAUUUUAAGACUGACAUUUAAAAAGACACAGACUCCUUCAGUACAUUUUCUAGGUCAAGGUUAGAGAAGGAGGUGAGUGAUUAAUCAAUUAUAGACCAAAUAAUGAAGUGAUGUUACUAUCCAGGGAUGGGUAGUUUCCCAAAAUUAAGAAUACAUGUAGUAGUCAAACUCUGUGGAGUAGUAAAUGUUCUAUUAAAUUCAGAGGGCAUGUACAGGCGACCUACACAGCCUGCACUACUGGUCAGAAAACAGAUCUUAAUAACUCUACCUGUUAGAAUGCUCAGUAAUAAGUGUAUUGAUAUUAUA